AUGGAGAACGAAAGGAUGCUGAAGCCCACUGUCACCUAUCAUCUGUUCUUGUACCGUGUGGAGUUGGCCCGUCGAAAUGCCCGGCAGCUGCGGCUUUCCCGCACCAAGAUCGAGAUCACCGACGAGCUCAUCUCGAAUACGGUGCGCAAUCUGAAGACGUGCAGCAUGGACGACCUGAAGGCGGUCAACCGGGAGCUUCUGUUCAAGCGGAAACUGCGGAGCAACGUGUCCAAGCUGAAAAAGGAGGCCAAGCGGCAGCAGCGACGCGAGGAGAAGGAGAAUCAACUGGAAUCGACAAAACAGGAUUAGUGGCGAAUCAAUCAGACCGCUUUGAUUUAU